CAUCCCCGCCCCCCUUCCCGCAGCUGGACUUUCAGGAUGUGGAUCGCCGAGCCCCAGUCCACGCACUCCUUCGACAACGUGUGGAUCUGCAGCCAUGCUCUUCGAGCUCAGCAAAUCGUGGUUUACAAGUUCCUGACCCUGUUCCUGGCGAUCCCCCUGGCCUUUGCCGCGGGGAUUCUCUUUGCCACCCUCAGCUGUCUGCACAUCUGGAUUAUAAUGCCUUUUGUAAAGACCUGCCUAAUGAUCCAGCCUUCAGUGCAGACCAUAUGGAAGAGUGUGACAGACGUUGUCAUUGCCCCGUUGUGUGUGAGCGCAGGGCGCAUCCUCUCUUCUGUCAGCGUGCAGCUGAGCCGCGACUGAACACGUGGUCCCAGGUCUGCAGAUUUGGAUACUGUCCUACUUCUUUGUUGUUACGGCAUAAAGCGACUACUGUUCCGUUCAUUCCCCAACUGUGCUCCUUAAGAUGGGCAGCCACAUUUAGGAAUGUUUCUUGGCAAAUUUUUUUCAAAUAAUGCUUUAAUAAUUAAUAACCAUGGAUUUCAUAUCUAACUUUAUAACCAGAAUUACACAAUAGGUUGACAACACUAUUUUUAAAGGCAAACACUUUUUGCUUUAGUACAAAAGUAUAUCUUUUAUCAUGAUGAAUUUAUAAUGAUCAAGAUACAUUUCUCUCAAAUACUGCAGUGGUUUUUUUGCACAACUGCCAUAAAAGUAUGGAAUUUCUUAUUUUCUUACUUUGGAAGUAAUACUUUGAAGUUACCUUUGCAGAUAAAGUCAUAGGGACUCUUAGCGAUAAGAUAUACAAAGAUUCUAGAAAUUGCAGAAAUGAAAGCAUACAGUAGUGAUAGGGGCUAUCAAAUAUAAUAAAACAAAUGUGAAAAUUGAUUCAUGCAAGUGUGUUCCUUUAAAUAAGGUAUUGUUAAUCUCUAAUCCUAUUUAACAAGAAAUUUCAUUUUACUGUAUAUUUUGUACUUAAUGUAAAUGUUGCUCUAAUCAGAUUGCUUUCAAGCACUUUUAUUAUAUUUGUGUUCUUGUUGAGCUAAUAUAUAGAAUGAGUAACUAUAUAGAAUGAGCAGGAAUUUUACUGCUGAGAUUGCACUGUCGUGAUUAUGUAAGCAUAUAUAUCUUCUUUGGGAAUAGAAUGUAAAAGACCAAUGUACUGGCUUUUUUUUUCUAACUUUAUAAGCAAAACCCUGAAAUGUUUUAUGAGUAAUGUUUAUCUUAAAAUAAUCUGUAUCCAAUUUUUAUUUUGUUUAGGGUAUGCUUUCUCUCUUAUAGUUAGAAAUUAAACCAGUAUGCUGCAUUCCUAUUAAUGUUUCACUUUACCUUCAAGUAAUAUUGGUGCUAUUUAAUAACAUUUUACAAUAAAGCCUAUUUCUUAUACUUAAGUAUCACAGUGAUUCAUGUAGAGAGACUUCCAAGAAAUUUGUCAAUUCGUUGGGUCCAUGCUACUGAGCUAUUAUUUAUAAAUUAAACACUAACAGCUAUAAACUUUCAAUAUGUUGUCUAACAUGAGUUUUGUUACACAGUAUAGAAUUAUUCUUAUCAUCGUGAACUGUAGAAUCCUAUUUUAAUGUUAUGCAUUGCUUUUGUUUUAGAAAUCUCAUUAUUCCAAAAUGAUAACUUACACAAAUGAUGUCUAUGAUGUGAGUAGUUACUACAAUUUACACAUCUUAAAAGUAUGAAAUGCUCAAAUUUCAGGAUUACUAUAAGAACCUGAAUUAACAUUCAUUUAAAUAUCUUAAUAGAUGACAAAACUUCAUUCAAAUAUUAAUUUUAUUUUUCUAAAUUGCCAGGACUGGUGAAAUAAAGGAUGAUUUAUUGGAAUAUUAUUGGGGACUGAGGCAAAUUAAUGAUUAAAUUAGGAGACUUGUAUUUUUCUGAAAGUAACCUCAAAAGAGGCUUUUAAAACUGUCUUAGGCCAUGAUAGCAUCCUUAGAAAAGACACUCAUGAUCAUUACCUGAAAGCAUUACCACUCAUUUGGCAAGUUUUAAAAUAAAAAAUAUACACAAAGUCAUAUAACAAAAUCAAGUAACUUUUAAAAAUGAUAACUAUGAGCUCCUUAUUUCUUAAUAGCAUUGGAUACUUUCAAAGUGAAUUUUUAUUGAGAUUUGCCAUUAACUCUUUCAAAAACUGAAAUUUUGUACCAAGUUGAUCCAGGUCACAUGUGCAAACAUGUUUGUUCUUUAGCUGGUGGGGCUGAGAGGUGGGUGAUUUGGAGACUUUCUCAAUAUCCAUAAUAAACUUUCUAAAAAACCCAUAGAUACAUUCAUUGCUUUUCUUACAUUAAAUAUAGAACUGAUCAAUAAAGAUUCUGUUCUAACUAAUUACCUUCUUAAAAACUCAUAAUACAUUAAAAAACAUGAAUUAUUGCUUAUUCAGGAAUGUAUUAGUGAAAAUUAUGAGAUUGGUAAUUUAAUUUUUUGUUUUUCCAGCACUUACAGAGGUCUCCUAUUAAUUUUUCUAUCAUUGGAUGAAAAGUAUGGAAUUGCUUGUUCAUAAACCCACUAUAUUUCAUCUUCUUCCUGAAAUAAAGUCUCUUCCUAAUCCUGAAUAAACUGAUAUUUCUGUU